AUGGAGCAACCCAGUGGUAAAGGAGAACAUGCAGAAAAGAAAGCAGUGUCGCCAGAAGCGUCGGUUAAAUAUCCGAUCCUGAGUCCGGGACCCGACCCGGAUCCGAAUCCUGGCGGCGGUGCCAAUGAGGCGGCAUUGAAGCAAGUAGAUAAUUCGAAUAUUACUGAUAUAAAUAUUAAUGAAGAGAGUAAUAAUGGUGCCAAGGAGAGUAAUGAUAGUAAAUUGGCUGGGAGUGUGAAAUCCAAGAAAUCAGUAAGGUGGAGCCAAGAAUUGGUGAUGGAAUCGACGAUACCGAGGGAUUACGAUCGCGGAUCUGAUAAUCCCUAUGUCAAUCACUCGCCUGCACCUUCCAGCAAUUCCUCGUCCACCAAUUUGAAAAACACGAUGAACAGUGUGAAGAAUGUGCUUGGAAAAUGGGGGAAGAAAGUCGGAGAAGCAACAAGGCAGGCUGAAGAUCUUGCUGGGAACACUUGGCAGCACUGUAGUUAUCCCAUUACAUCAACUCAAAGCAAUAAAUCCUUCAUCAAGCAGAACUUCAGCUGA